CGUAGCUAGACACGUGCUUAUUUCAAUAUGGCAGCUUUCAGGGACCAUGUGAGCAGCAGUUCUAGCAGUGAAGAUGAUAAGGAAAUUCAAAGAUUAAAAGAGGCUGCAUGGAGUUUUACGGAAUACAGCGGGUCCCAUGACACUAUUAUACCAGGUGGAGAUUGUAAAGACCAGCCAAGUCGUCGGAUUAAUGUGUCCCAGCACGAACACGACGGCAAUGAACUCCAGACGACCCCUGAAUUCCGCACACAUGUGGCAAAGAAACUGGGAUCCAUGCUAGAUAGUUACAUUUCAGAUGGUACCAGUGCAGAAUUCCAGAGGACUCCAAGGCUGGACCCUGAGGAAGAGGAUGAUGAUGAUGGAUUCCGGUUGUUCUCCACCUCUGUCCCAGGCGAGGAGAACCUGAAGCCUCUGGCUCUGAGACGCCCUGUUCCCAGCUCCAGUGACAGCGACAGCGAGAUGGAAAUACGACUGCGAGAGGCUGUGGUGUCUGCGUUGGACUUCCUGCCCGCUCCGGCCCUUCCCAGCAUGCCUCAGCCAUCCUCCUCACCCCCCAUCCCCACUGAAAAUCAGAGUAGGACGAAGAAGAGGAAAAAGAAGAGGAAAGCAAAGAAUGGGCGUGAGGCCUUUGUGGAGGAGAGCAGUGUGCACGUCCGAAUGGGAAUCCAUGUGGACAGGGAGGGAGAGGCCCAGACCCACGAUCAUGGCAGGAACACUGCAGAUACACAAGGGGCGCUCAAGGCCGCCUUGAACUCCGAGUCCACACUGCUGCAGGAUGAGAUCCCAGUGAAGAAAAAGAAAAAGAAGAAAAAGAUGAGAUCUGAGGUAGAGGGGUGAAGGUGGACCUCCGUCGGCCAGCAUGGAGGCAGUGCGGAGAGUCUCUUAAAGACGCUGUGUGGAUGGGAGAGAGCAGCCAGACACCGGCUCACGCCGGCAUCAGCAAUAAAGGAUGCGCUCCCACGA